AUGGGUGUGCCUUUGGAAAGAUUCUUUACGUUGUUCGCUGUUGCAGGAUCUUUACUUGGUUCAGUAUUGUGUUUUGUUGAGGGCUGCCUUCUUGUUAUGGAGUCAUACGCGCAUUAUUUCCAUAUAUUAUCUCAAAGGUUGGACCAAAGUACACAUCUGGUGCAUCUACUCAUCGAAGCCAUAGACGCGUUUAUGAUGGGAACUGCAUUGCUGAUAUUUGGGGUGGGUAUGUACGUGAUGUUUGUGGGACCAAGCAGUACUAUCAGAGAAACAGAAUCAAACUUGCUUGGUCUUUUUUAUAUGAAGACACCCCCAGGGUGGUUAGGGAUGGAAUCAAUUGGGCAGGCAAAAUCGAAGAUUGGGCAUGCAGUGAUGAUGAUACUUCAAGUGGGAGUGUUAGACAAGUUCAAGGACAUUCCCUUAGUCACAGGACUUGAUCUUGCUUGCUUUGCUGCUUCAGUUCUCACAUCCUCAGCAUGCAUUUUUGUCCUCUCUAGACUUCACCAUCAAUGCUAA